CUUCAUGUCUGGUUUCCAUUUCAGGUUGCUGUGCGGGGUAGCUUGAAGGACUUUGAACGGGUUUAUAAGAAGGACACGUCACGUCUGCACCUGCGUGACUCCAGCAAUUCAGUCCCCUUCCACCACGCCUGUGGCGCCGGCAAGCUCGAAAUCAUGGAGUUCAUAAUCGAGAAAGGAGGGGAUUUGGAAGCCAUUGACAGCCAGGGCAACUCCGCCUUGCAUUGGGCAGCCGAGAAGGGGCAGGCAGCUGCUAUCGAGUUCCUUAUACUCAAAGGGAUCUCGCCCAACAUGAUGAACCAUCAGUGCAUGACGCCACUUCAUACCGCCUGCGAUCUUGACGUCGCCGACUCAGUCGAUGCAUUAUGCAAGCAUCGAUCACUGGUUGAUAUAGACUGUGCUGGAGAGUUGGGGCAGACACCUCUUCACUAUUGCGCUGUAAGAGAUAGCGCCAAUGCCGCGAGGAAACUGCUUGAAUUUACGUCGGCUCUUUCUCGGCCUGACCAAAAUGGCGUAUAUCCAAUCCAUGCCGCGGCUACACACGCCUCGGCUAGGGUGAUGGAGCUUCUCUUUGCCGGAUGUAAGGACACGGAAGAUGCCGGGCAGAACUGUUCCGACCGGUCAUCGCUCCUCACGGUGGUCGACAAGGAGGGCAAUUCGGCCCUUCACUCGGCCGUCAACAGCGGGGAUUUCGCCGCGGUCAAGCUCUGCCUCAAGUACGGAGCGAGGAUUGAUAUACAACAGGCCGAUAAGUCAACACCAGUGCACUUAGCCUCUUCUCAAGGCGCUCUGGACAUGGUCCAGCUUAUGUUCUCCUCUCAAGACGAAAACAGAAAGUCACUUCGACUCAAGGACGUUCAGAACCAAACACCUUUACACAAAGCCGCCAUGUUUGAUCAUGCUGAAGUGGUCACAUACCUAAUAAAUGAGGGAAGUGACUACGAUGCAAAAGACCGUCAGUGCCGCACGCCCCUGCUUCUGGCCACCGCCCGCGGUGCCUGGCGCGCCGUUCGUUCGCUGCUUCAACGCGGAGCAGACUUUACACAGACGGAUUGUGACAAGCGAAACGUCCUACAUCUGGCGCUCCUACACGGGGGCAAUCUCGAUUUCUUCGGAAGGGAAUUCUUCAAGCAGAAGGAAGGCGCAUUGGAGCUGCUCAACCAGCGGGACUGUUCGGGCUGCACACCGAUGCACUACGCCACCCAGCAGGGUAACAUCAAAUCCGUACAGGGCCUCAUCGACUUGGGUGCCACGGUUAAUCUGAAGAACAAGGAGAAGCAAUCGCCGCUUCAUUUCGCAGCCAGGUAUGGUCGUCUUAAUUCGUGUAAACGACUCUUGGACAGUGCAAUAGGACCCCAUAUCUUGAAUGAAAGUGAUGGGGCAGGCAGGACGGCCCUCCACAUCGCCUCUUGGAGCGGUCAUGUUAAACUGGUACAGCUCUUACUCAGCAAAGGAGCUUUAUUACAUAGGGAUCAUGAAGGUAGAACGCCUCUGCACUUAGCUGCCAUAGAGGGCUACAUUAAUACGAUGAAAGGUUUAUUAGCUACACAUCCUCAUCUUAUGAACCAAGCAGAUGAUGAAGGGAACACUGCCUUACACCUGGCGGCGCGGGCCGGUCAGGCCGCCGUAGUCACAUUCCUACUCGACAGCCAAGCCGCAUUAUUACGUAGUAAUUCAGACCAGAGCUGUAUGGAGGUGGCUAUAGAAUGCAGAAACAAAGAUGUCGCAAUGGCCUUCGUCAUGAAUGAAAGGUGGCACGAAGCAAUGGAUGACUGUGGAGAGAGGAAGGCCCCUCACAUGCUCGGCCUCAUCGAGCAGUUACCAGAAGUGGCUUAUACUGUUUUAGAAAGAUGUCAAACCGAGAAGAAAGCUGACGAGGAAGAUCCAAGAAGUCGGCGGAAUUAUGAUUUUGCUUAUCUUCGAUGUAUAAAGGACAAGCAACUCAAGUUCCUUAACAGUGAAGAAGGUUUCGUGCCUCUUCUUGUCUUAAAUACAAUGGUGAAAUUCAAUAGAAUCAAUUUACUAUCCCACCCUGUGUGUGUUAACUACUUAGCAAUGAAAUGGAAUGCCUAUGGACGAGCCUGUCACGUGACCAACAUCACGAUCUACCUGGUCUUUGUUUUCUUCCUAACCUACUUCGUGUGUGUGACCGAUGUACCCGACAGCUUCCGGGUCCAUAACAGAACCGACUUCGUGCAAAGCGACAGUGUUGAAGAAUACCUUCGGUUACCCUACUCAGAUUUCACAAUGUCCACCAUUGUAGCUGUGUGGGUAAUAUGCGGCUUUGCCUCCAUGAAUAUACUGAAGGAAAUCGUCCAACUCUUGCAACAGGCAAGUAUAACUGGUAAAGGGAAAUAUUUCUAUGAAUUCACCAAUCUGCUAGAAUGGACGUUGUACGCCACCUCGUUAGCCUUCGUCGCCCCUUACCUUGCGGGGGAGAACAAGGAUUUCCAAUGGCAGUGCGGCGCCAUAGCAGUUUUCCUCGCGUGGUUUAAUUUUUUACUUUAUUUACAAAGAUUCGAUAUAUUUGGGAUCUACGUAGUGAUGUUUCUAGAGAUUCUUCGUACAUUAGUCCAAGUUCUACUUGUCUUCUCAAUCCUCAUCGUCGCGUUCGGCCUCACGUUUCACAUCUUAUUACCACGAGAGGACAACCACGCACAUAACACACCCGCCAUGUCCCUCCUUCGCGUUUCCACCGCGCUUCUCCUGGGCGAACUCGACUUCAUCAACUCAUUCGUCGACCCGCUCAACGAUGGCAACAAUAUCACCAUGCCUUAUCCAGAACUCACCUAUUUCUUUCUCAUCGGCCUUGUACUGCUUAUGCCGAUCCUGCUCAUGAAUCUCUUGAUUGGUUUGGCGGUCGGCGACAUCGCCUCGAUGCAACACAACGCUCAUCUCAAGCGUCUCGCCAUGCAGGUCGAACUCCACACCGACCUAGAGCAGAAGCUUCCCGCUCGCAUCUUACAAGCAGGCGAGAGAGACCAGUACACCGUAUACACCCAUACCGCCAAGUACUUUAUACUCAGGGCUCAUGAGAGAGGGAAAUACUUCUUCUAUAUAAAGAUGCUGCAGUACUUCAUUUAUAGGAUUUGGAAUAAAAUCCGUGAAACAGCCGGAAUGGAAGGAAACGCCAUCGGUUCAAAGUUGGGAGGUGAUGCUGCAAACGAUCCCCAGCUUGUUAUACUCCAAAACGAGAUGAUUAGCCAGAAGAGAAGACUGAAAGAGGUCAAAGAGCAACUGGACCGGCAGUACGACCUGCUGCGCCUCAUCGUGCAGAAAAUGGAGAUCCGCAGCGAGGCGGAGGACCGCGACGAAGGCGAAGGACCGGGCGAGCACGGCAGGUCAGGGCAGCUUGAAUUAGACUGGCUAGCAGAGUACUAAUGGUUACCUUCAGCCAACUACGGCACCGACUUCUCCCAGUUCGUCUCAUCUCGCAGCUCCAGGAGCUCCAGUCUAGCGAGUGUCGGAGGGCUCGGCACCGUGAUCAGGCAGGACAGCGCCCCCACCGUCCCCACCAGAUCAUCACCAUCCUCUGUGCGUGCGGCGUCCACCUGGAGUUUACCCCGGUCGCGGUUACUUUCAUCUUCAGAGUCAACGAUCUGAGAUUUUCCAUUGGCCCAUAACCGUUGACAUACUUUUUUUGCAGCACGUUAUUUAGUGACGCCACAUUCGCCUUGUCACUCUAUGCCGCACUUCCAAAGUCUGAUAUUAGUGUCCGUAAAGAAGCAUACGUUAACCGAAUUUCGAUGACUAUGUUCUGAUUUUGUUCGAUAUUAGUGGAAACAAGGAUGUGCAAAAGCUUUACAUUAUGUCCAGAUUCUUAUUGGAAUUUCAAACUAACAAAUGUAAUGUUGAAUCGUGCAAUGGUUUACGCAAACUGUUUCCCUUACUUAGCCAGGCCAAACAAUUAUAUUAAGCCAUAUUAAGUCACUUGUUCAUGUACAGUACACCUAGGGCCAGCUUCUUGAAACCGUCAUAGGUCUAAGUUCGUGGAUAUCCCAUAGAAACGCGUGUCAAUUAUAUAACACACGUUUCAAUAAGAUGUCUAAGAACUUAGACUUAUGACGGUUUCGAGAAAUGCCCCCAUAGGGCAACGGCAUCAGUGAUGUUAAUACAAGUUCAACGACACGUGUUUCAAUGGCCUAUCAGUGAAGUUGUAACUCAUGGUGGAUUCGUGAAAUGACGCUAUGGACCCGAACACACUGGGCCAUCUUAUAGUUGUGUACACACGUUACUUAUAAUUCAUGCAAAACUGGGGACAUUUUUUUAAAUAUCAUCUUUGAUAUUUUUAUUCCUCGCGAGGUGAGUU